GUAAGAAAACCCAAACAAACAUCAAUAGCGUAUUACUUACGGAGUUUACCAUUGCAAAGAGGUCCGGUGUGUUCCUGUGCAGAUACCAGUGAACCCUCAGCAAGAAAACGAGACACUGCAGUGCUGAAACCUCACGUUUGAGCAAAAAACUUAUUAAAGAACGGAAGGAAAGACCGGCUUCACAAAAUUUUGGAUGCAUGCUAUUUUCAUCUUCAUUUUUUUUCCAACUGAGAAAAAGAAGUUGAUUGAGCUUUCUUGAGGAUUUCUUUUUAGAUGAGUUUGAUUGCUCUUGAUGGACUCUUGUGCAUCACAUGACACGAGGACCUUUUGACUCUGUGGAAGAUUUUUUGUUUAUCUCCUGAGCUUGCAUAUCUAUGAAAUCAGAGUUACACCCCAAAUCUGCUUCAAUCAGAAAUCUGCAGAUAAUUAAAUGGGCGCCUUACAAAUGUGAUAUUAAAACACACAAAGACAAAAGCAGCACUAGAAUGCAUCAUCUAGCAUCAUCUCUAUUUCACUAACCAAAACUGAAAAUGACGGCAAUGUAACAUAGGGUUUUACUUCCUUCAUUGUCAUGUGACUUUGAACCUUUGCGCAUUAUUUUCUUCAAACUCAGACAGUCUUUUUCAUCAGUUUAAUGAGGUGAGCAGUGACCUCCAUUGCCAAUAAAAGACUGUCUCUGAACUCAUUUUUCUUUUCUGCAUGCGUUUCAGUAGAUCUUAAAAUGAUUCGGUAAAAGGUGAGUCGACGUAAACACAUACUGGCACGCAGUGUGGCAGGACAACACCUGUCCGUCUCCCCUCAUCUGGUGUCAAAGUGGAACUGCUAAACAAACUGCUGUCCAUGUUAGAGGGCAGACAUCUUUCACAGACUGCUUCCUUGUAUUAACAAUAAGACAACCUGGCUCAUCUUCACAGACACAUCGCUCGUCAAAUCAAUUCAUUUUGCCAUUCAGCAUCAAGUCCAAUCAGUCUUUCUGUUGUCAAUAAGGGCAAAUGGCUCAAAUGAAUUGGUAAAGGAUUCAAUCUGCUUUGAAAAAAAAUCACCUGGACUGGAAACAGUAGCAUUCGGAAUUCAUCAGAGACGUGACCUCCACAGGAGCUGCGUGGGAAUCUGGUUCAAGAAAGGAGACUCUGUCACAGCCCUCUGCGCUUCUACUUUGAAAUCUACUUCCUGCUCGGUCAGUUCUCUGGAUCGCCAUUCCAGAUCAUUCCUGCGACCUUUUGACCCAUCUCCAAGUGUUUCACCCUGGACGAAGGGAGCUGCCUCUGGGGCAAGGGGCUGUGCUGUCCUGGAGGUGGUGGAGAGGGGGUUGUCGGUGCGCCACUCCCCGUCUGUCAGUGCACACACUCUGUGAUCAGUGCCAACAGGCCUGAGGAACCGAGCCCAGCCGGACCGAGAGAGGAGGCAGAGGACUUCAGAGCCACAGACUCUGGGAUCCUGGCCAUGAGGUUUGAUGCCUCGAUCCACUGACCGGAAACACUGGACCUAAAUGGCGCAGCAUGACUUUGUCCCUGCCUGGCUUAACUUCUCCACGCCCCAGCCUGCCAAGUCCCCUGCUGCCAACCUUGAGAAACAAGGUGAGCCCCACCACCACAGAGACGGCAGAACCGCUGUAAGCCGCCGCCGCCACAACUCCUCUGAUGGCUUCUUUAACAACGGCUCGUUGCGCGCUCCAGCAGGUGACGGAUGGCAGCAGCCUUCUCUGCUUCUGAGGCAUGACUCGGUGGACUCGGGGGUGGCCAAAGGAGGGCAUGGUGGGCUGGCAGGGGGCUCCUGUUGGAAGGACACACCCAGCUGGCAUGGAGCGUCGCGGGGUCCCCAGGACGGCCACCACCACCAGGGACGCCACCCCAAACGGGUAGGAGGCGACAGGGACAGGCAGGCGGGGCACCGGCAGCGCAAUGGCAACUUUCAUCCCCGCAAGGGCACCUCGUACCAGGACAAGUUCCCCAACGAGGAACGCAAAGACGGCAAGGACGACAAGCUGAAAUUUGUGGAAGAGGACUUUCCUUCCCUCAACCCUGAAACAACUGGAAAGCCUGGGACUCAGAUGCGAGCAGUGGCUCCCCAUGCUGGAGUUUGGGAAAACCCCCCGAGUGGCAAACAGAUGGUGUCCAAGAUGCUUGUUAUCAAGAAAGUUUCCAAGGAGGACCCCAGCACAGCCUUCUCUGCGGGGUUUGCCACUGCUGGCGCCUUGCCCACCAACGGCAGCAAAGCUCCCAUUGCAGGCUCCAGCGUCUACAAGAACCUGGUCCCAAAGCCUGCUGUGGCCCCCACCAAAAGCACCCAGUGGAAAUCCGGUGGUAGAGAGAUCACUAAGUCUGGCCUUCACAUGCCGGGCCGAGAUUCAGUCUUCACCAGCCCCGUCUCUGCAGCCAAACCCAGCACCCCAGUCAAUGCACCACAGCACAACACCCCGAAAGAGCACCCUUCCAGCACGACUCCUCCCAUAGACAUUGCCCCGUCGAGGCUGAAGCUGAUGCGGCGUGGUCCGGACCGCAAGAGUGAGUUCUUGCGAGCUCUGAAGGACGAGGGCACUGGAGAGCUGACGACGAGCAGCAGUCCGGGAACAUCAGGGGAGGGUGAAAGCAGCACCCCAGAGCCCAAAGCUUACAGUGAGGAAGUCUGCCAUGAGAACGGUCUGUCCUACUCCCUCAGUGACUCAGACACCGAACACCUGUCCAGCUCCCUGGAGGCAGAGCACAGGUUGCUGAAGGCCAUGGGCUGGCAGGAGUACCCAGAAAAUGAUGACAACUUCCUGCCUCUGACAGAGGACGAGCUGAGAGAGUUUCAGACUAAAACCGAACAGCUGAAGAGGAACGGCAUGCAGAGGAAUGGGGCUCUCCCGAGGGCGCGGGGUGUGACCCUCCACUUCACCCCCUGGAGGAGUGUGGCGGAGGCGAACGUCGAGGAGGGCUCCGAGUCCGAAACCAGUAGCAGCAGCCAGACCUCUGAUGACGACGACUGCAUCAAAUCCUAACGUGGCUUUACGGAACAAAAAAAACCAACAACAACAACACAACAGCCAACACAACAUCCCAGCAAGCAAUCCCCCUCUUCCUCUCAUCUUUGUUUUUAGAGCACCAUUUUGAAUUUCUUUUGUUUUGAUUUUUUUGUUGUCAUUCUUGCACAAGGGAAAAACCAAUCAUAUCCCAGUGAAGGGGGAGAUUCCUGCUCCGCCAGACGUCGUUUUCCCUGCGUUUCCUCCUUCACUGCAGUCCUAGCCCUCUUUGAAUCCCCCCAUCCCCUCCCCCCUCCCCCUCUUCCUUUUUCUUCCUCGCUUUGUGGAACUGACGUGUUCAUCAAGAAAAGAAGGGCAAUGAAUGCACACUUGAUUCUGCUUUAAACAGACUAACUCAUUUCAUUGAUGAUGCUGAUGACACAUUAUUAAUGAUAUUAAUAAAAAUUGGUUCCUGACAAGCUGAUAUGUUUCAAUAUGAAUCUGCCUACUGUGGUGCUUGAGUCCACACAGAGUUCACUUUUUGUAGGUCACUUGUAAAAUCCCACAUUGUUCCCACACAGCCCUGUAGGGAAACUCUUGACUCUU